AUGGAUUUUGAAGAAGCAGAGGAUAUAAAUGGAGUCAGAUUUGCUUGGAAUGCAUUUCCAUCCACCAAAGCUGAAGCUGGUAAAAUUGUUGUCCCCACUGGUGCUUUAUACACGCCAUUGAAACAACGUGAGGAUUUGCCCAUUGCUGCAUAUGAUCCUGUUUAUUGCUCAAACCAAACAUGUAAAUCUAUCUUAAAUCCGUAUUGUGCUGUUGAUCCAAAUGGAUUUUGGCGUUGUCCUUUGUGUCAAGGUAGAAACCCAUUGCCGGCGCAUUACCAUGGUAUUAAUCCAGAGAAUUUACCAUUGGAAUUGCAAAACACCAGCUCUACUGUUGAGUAUAUAAAUUCAAGACCAGUUCAAAACCCACCAAUUUUCACUUAUGUCAUUGAUUUGUGUCAAGACGAAGAUAACUUACAAGCAUUGAUUGAGAAUAUUAUUGUUGGUUUGAAUCAUUUACCACCAAAUGCUUUAAUUGGUUUGAUUACUUAUGGAACCAUGGUUCAAGUACAUGACUUGGGAUCAGAAAAGAUCAACAAGAGUUAUAUCUUCCGUGGUGAUAAGGAGUACACUGAUAAACAAAUUAGUGAAAUGUUGAACAAUCCAGUGACUCCAAUGUUGAACCAACAACAGCAACCACAACAACCCUUGGCCAAUUCAUUGACUAGAUUUUUCUUACCAUUGGAAGAUAUUGAGUUUCAAUUGACUACGAUUUUGGAAAAUUUGGGUAAAGAUCCAUGGGCAGUAGCCAAUGGAGCCAGACCUUUAAGAUGUACUGGUAGUGCUUUGAAUGUAGCUGUCAAUUUGUUGGGAUUAACCUUCCCCGGAUUUGGAGCUAGAGUCAUGUUGUUUUCUGCUGGACCGGGAACUUUGAACCCAGGUAUGAUUGUUGGAAACCAAUUGAAAGAACCUAUCAGAUCACAUUCUGAUAUUGAUAAAGAUAAUGCCAAACAUUUCAAGAAGGCAGUCAAAUUUUAUGAUGCAAUUGCUUCCAAGGCAGUUAAAAACAGUCACGCAGUUGAUAUUUUUGCUGGUUGUUAUGAUCAAAUAGGUAUGUUGGAGAUGAAAAACUUGUGUAAUACCACCGGUGGUACUUUGUUGUUAUCUGAUGCAUUUACUACAUCCAUAUUCAAAAGAUCGUUUUUGAGGUUGUUUAAUAAAGAUGAGGAAGGGUAUUUAUUGAUGGGAUUUAAUGCUUCUCUUGAAAUAAGAACUUCCAAGGAAUUAAAAGUUAGUGGAUUGAUUGGACAUGCUUCAUCUUUGGGAGUGAAAUCAACAAAUGUUUCUGAAAAUGAAUUGGGUCUUGGUGGAACAUCAAACUAUAGACUCUGUGCUACUUCACCAAGACACACGUAUGCUGUGUUUUUUGAUGUGGCAAACACACAACAAUUGCCACCAACUGCUCAGAGCUAUGUUCAAUUUGUCACUCACUACCAACAUGCCAGCGGUACCUAUAGAACUAGAGUCACCACAGUAUCCAACUAUUUGACUAGUGACGAGCAAACACUCACCAACUCCUUUGAUCAGGAAGCAGCAGCUGUAUUAAUGGCAAGAGUCACUCUAUUCAAAGCAGAGCAAGAUGAUGGAGCUGAUGUUCUUAGGUGGAUCGAUCGUAUGCUUAUUCGUUUGUGCCAAAAAUUCGCAGACUAUAGAAAAGACCAAGAAGAGAGUUUCCGUUUGGGACAACAAUUUCAAUUGUACCCACAAUUUAUCUAUUACUUGCGAAGAUCACAAUUUUUGCAAGUUUUCAAUAACUCACCUGAUGAAACAGUGUUUUAUAGACACGUUUUGUUGACUGAAGAUACAAACAACUCUUUGAUUAUGAUUCAACCAACAUUGACUUCAUUCACUUUGGAAGGUGAACCAGAAGCAGUUUUGUUGGACUCAGUAUCCAUUCGAGAUGAUCGUAUCUUGCUAUUGGAUACCUUUUUCCAUAUUUUAAUUUUCCAUGGUAAGACAAUUGCUGCUUGGCGUAAAGCUGGUUAUCAAGAUCAAGAAGAGUAUGCUAAUUUCAAAGAAUUAUUAGAUGAGCCAAAACAAGAAGCAGCUGAGCUAUUAGCUGAUAGAUAUCCAUUACCAAGAUUUAUUGAUACUGAAGAAGGUGGCUCGCAAGCGAGAUUCUUGUAUUCAAAAUUGAACCCUAGUGUUACCUACAACACCAACGAAUUGAUUGGUGGUCUGGGCUUGGGUGGUGCAGGUGGAGCAAUUGUCUUGACGGAUGAUGUCAGUUUGCAAGUGUUUAUGAGCCAUUUACAAAAAUUAGUAGUUAGUGGAUCUAGUUAG